CAGCUCAGCGACAAUUAUCAUCAUCCUCUCCAAUUCAAUCACCAUUCUUUAAAAAAAAAAAAAAAAAUGAGCCACCAGCAUGAUCCCUACCCUCCACCAGGUUACGGUUCUCCAUAUCACCAUCAGCAUCAUCCGCCGCCGGGAUACCCAUCACCGCCGCCGCCUCCGGGAUACCCAUCACCGCCGCCGCCUCCGCCGCCGGGAUACGGAUAACCUUCGCCGUACGAAGGAGGGUACCAGGGGUAUUUCGGCGGAGGAGGCUACCCUCCGCCGCCUCCGCAACCUUACAAUCAGCACUAUCAACAAGAUCACCACCAUUACCAUGAUGACAACGACGGUUGCCUUUCCUUUCUUCGAGGCUGCUUCGCCGCCCUUUGCUGCUGUUGCCUGUUGGAGGAAUGCUGCUUCUUUCUCCGAUGAUUUAUUGAGUGUUUGUUAGGAACCAUUCUAUUGCUCUUGCUCCGCUGCGGGAGAAGAGCAUUCUAUGCCUUGUUAUAUACUACACUAUGUAUUUGACCUUGAAUGACAUGGUUUAUUUGGGGCUCUCUUCUAGGUUGAUAUUGUGUAGUUACCUGAAAAGGGUUAAUUUUAAGGGGUGCAUAAUUGACAUUUCUGGUGUGGUUGUGUUGUUUUGUAAUCAUUUUUAAAAAGUCAAAUACCAAAGUCCCAAGUAAUGUGCGACUUAAAAACACACCAUGAAAAAACUCAA